CGUGUGCUUCCGUAACAGAUCGGGGAACCGACCAUAUGCUUAUCAAAGCCAGGCUAAAAAGCUGCGGUAACUUCGUCAAACGUGCUGCUAAGAGUGUGAAAUAAACCGGCAGCUUCUCGCGUUUUACCGAAUCCACUCACCUAUUGGCCCUCGGACGGUGGCGUAAAGCUCGUUAACUCUGGAAGAGGCGACCAUGGACUCGAGAGAUACAGCCCCGGAUUCAUGGGAGCAGGAGGAAGAUGCCGAGGCCCCGGAGCUCCCAGCCGCCUUCGCUGCCCUCAACGUGAACGCCAAGCCGUUCGUCCCCAACGUGAACGCCCCGGUGUUUGUACCCAGCUUCCUCCAGAGCGGCCCGGUAGAGACGCCGGCCUCAGGUGCUCCGGUGGAGAACGGAAACACCGAGGCGGACAUGAACACAGAGGAGGAGACGUGGGAGCAGAAGGAGGAACCUGGGGGAGGUGAGGGAGGUGGAGGACAGGAGGCGGGUACAGAAGGAGGCUGCGAGGAGGGAGGCGCCGCGGGGAGAGAAGAUGAGGAGAUGAUGGAGGAGGAAGAGGAGGAGAUGCCCGUACCUAAAGUGGCUCCUCCGCCACCCGACGCUCCCAAGAAGGAGCACGUGAACGUGGUCUUCAUUGGUCACGUGGAUGCUGGUAAAUCAACAAUUGGAGGGCAGAUCAUGUACCUGACUGGAAUGGUGGACAAGAGAACUCUGGAAAAAUACGAGCGAGAAGCAAAAGAAAAGAACAGAGAGACAUGGUAUUUAUCGUGGGCUUUGGACACAAACCAGGAGGAGAGAGACAAGGGGAAGACAGUUGAGGUUGGGAGAGCUUACUUUGAGACUGAGAAGAAGCAUUUUACCAUCCUGGACGCUCCCGGACACAAGAGCUUUGUCCCCAACAUGAUCGGCGGCGCGUCACAAGCCGACCUCGCAGUUCUGGUAAUCUCGGCAAGAAAGGGGGAGUUUGAGACCGGCUUUGAGAAGGGGGGCCAGACACGGGAACACGCCAUGCUGGCUAAAACAGCAGGAGUGAAACAUCUCAUCGUCCUGAUCAACAAGAUGGACGACCCCACGGUGAACUGGAGCCUAGAGAGGUAUGAAGAGUGUAAAGAGAAGCUGGUGCCAUUUUUAAAGAAGGUGGGCUUCAACCCCAAGAAGGACAUCCAUUUCAUGCCCUGCUCUGGACUCACAGGUGCCAACCUCAAGGACUUUGCACCUGAAGGCUCCUGGUACACAGGUUUGCCCUUCAUCGCCCACCUGGACAGUUUGCCAAACUUCAACAGAUCCAGUGACGGAGGCGUCAGACUUCCCAUUGUAGACAAAUACAAGGAUAUGGGCACAGUGAUCCUUGGGAAGCUGGAGUCUGGGUCCAUCAGUAAAGCUCAGCAGCUGGUCAUGAUGCCAAACAGGCACACCGUGGAAGUACUGAGCCUGCUCAGCGACGAUGUGGAGACGGAUGACGCGAGCCCCGGGGAGAACCUGAAGCUGAGACUGAAGGGAAUAGAAGAAGAGGAGAUCCUCCCCGGUUUUAUUCUCUGCAGCCCCGACAACCUCUGCCACACCGGUCGCACCUUUGAUGCACAGAUUGUCAUCAUCGAGCACAAAUCAAUCAUUUGUCCCGGCUACAACGCAGUCCUCCACAUCCACACCUGCAUUGAAGAAGUGCAGAUCACAGCAUUAAUCUGUCUGGUUGACAAGAAGACGGGAGACAAAAGUAAAACGCGACCUCGCUUCGUGAAGCAGGACCAGGUGUGUAUCGCCAGGCUCCGGGCAGCGGGAGUCAUCUGCCUAGAGACCUUCAAAGACUUCCCCCAGAUGGGACGAUUCACACUGCGAGACGAAGGCAAAACGAUUGCAAUCGGUAAAGUGCUGAAGCUGGUUCCAGAAAAGGACUAAAUGCAGCAGCGUGCAUGGAGUUCCUUCACUCGUCACCUGAGGAGAAACGCUGCUGGAGCCGACCCAAACAGCUGAUCUCUUUACACAACUCGGCUGAAGAGAAGAUCAACAACAACAAGGAGGGAGGAGGACAAGUCCAAUCGAGACUGAAUCAGAUUUUGUGAACAUGAAUUGAGAGUCCAGUGUGUCAGCUUUCUCAUAUUGAGAGCUCAGCUAUGCCACUAAUGUAGCCACACUCCCCCGCCUCCCGUGAUUCCUCCGUGCUGUCGGCUGGACACCAUUUGUCUUUAGAGCGGAGACGAACGCAGCGCUGCUGAGUUUGGAGACGACAAACUAAAAGUUCAGAGUGAUUUCUGUAUCCUGCGAAACGCCAGAGUUCUCUUAUUAUUAUAGUCAACGUGCAUCUCCUUUCUUAAGAGUGGAGUUAUAAAUCCAAAAGAUAUUUCAUUUUAAUAAAUUGCUGCAUCAGAAUUUUAAUUUGGUGAGCUGGGUUAUUUAGACUAAGCUCACACACAGUGUUACUCUGAUAAUCCAAGGAUAAGUUGCUCUCAGAACGAGAGCUGUUACAUAAUCACAGCUGAAAUUAAAACCUCAAACUCA